GGCUGCUUCAAAAAGGUCGCGAUGGCAUCCGAGUUCCGCAUUGUUUUUGCGACUGUGAAGAUCACACCUUAGCACACUAUCUCCCAUACCAUGUUGGAAAACCUCUGCACUCUUCCGCUCUCAGCGGAUCUGUUUGCUCAGGUCUUGCACCCGUCCGAGCCGCUGCUCACAGUCGGCCUGGCCAGCGGCAAAGUUGAGACCUUUCGCCUGCCGAACGAUGACGACGAGGAGGAUGAAAGCGGCCGCCGGAGCAGCACCAGCAGCGGACGCGGUAUGAUUAAGAGUAUCUGGAGCACCCGCCGCCACAAGGGCAGCUGCCGGCAUCUCGCAUACAGCCAUGAUGGCUCAGCCAUGUACUCUGCCGGCACCGACUCCGUGGUCAAGCACUUCUCCCCCGAGACCGGCAAUGUCAUCUCCAAGAUUGGCCUCCCUCCCCGCAACAGCGCGACAAGCACGACCGAUUGCCCUGCCAUCCUCCAUGUCCUGUCGCCUCAGACCCUCCUUCUCGGUACUGACUCUGGCGGCCUCUACAUCUUCGACUUGCGCGAAAACGGUAGCCUGAAUCCUAAGCCAGUGCGAAAGCAUGUGCCGCACGCCGAUUACAUCUCCAGCAUUACUCCUUUGCCUGCCUCGGCUGAGAGCACCUCUGGGUUUCCCAAACAGUGGGUCUCCACCGGAGGCACCACACUCGCCGUCACCGACCUUAGGCACGGAAUUGUCGCGACUUCAGAAGACCAAGAAGACGAACUGCUCUGCUCCACCAUCAUCCCGACCGGUCUUGGGCCUAAGAAGAUGCGUAGCAAUGCUGUGGUGGCAGUUGGCACCGGUAAUGGAAUCUUGACGCUGUGGGAUCGCGGCGCCUGGGAUGAUCAGCAGGAGCGUAUCAACGUUGCUGGUGGCCGGACUAAAAAGGACGGCGAGAGUCUGGAUGCCAUCGUUCGCGUUCCCGACGAGCUUGGCUGGGGCAAAAAGGUCAUCGUUGGUGUUGGUGAUGGUAGCCUGAGCAUUGUCGACCUCAAGAGACGCGAGGUGCAGUUUGUGCUCAAACACGAUGAGGUCGAGGGGGUCUCUGCCUUGACCUUUGACUACCAGAACAGACUUAUUAGUGGCGGCGGCAGAACGGUCAAGGUUUGGGCUGAAUCUGGAGACGACGACCUUGACGAAGAGGAAGAGGAGGAGGCGGAAGCCACUGGCUUCAAGAGACCGGCCCGGAGCGAUUCUGACUCUGACGAUGACAGUGACGACGAACGCCCGCAAAAAUCAUCCAACAAGAAGCAGAAAAAGGGGAAGGGUAACCAGGCGAGGAGUGUGGCUUUCCCGGGCUUAGACUGAUGGACAACUACUUCAGGUAGUUUGUAUGAUCAGGGAAACCAACAAGGACUGACCAUUUUACUACCAGAGCUGCGCCAGAGACUGACACAUUGUUACAGCAGCUGCCGUUAAUUUUUGGACAGGGUGCACUCCCUCGAGCUCUUUUGUCUCGAACUUGGAUUUGAGUGGUCCGCCAAUGGUCAGUAAGCCGAAGGGCGGCCUGGGUUGCAAUCCGUGGUGUUCUGGCACCAAAUAUUUUCAAUGAAACCGAUAUGAAAAGGUGGGCGUGGGCUUCAUAGCGUAGUUUCUUCAUUCCCUCCACAUGUUCGACUCCCACGUAGGAUAAGAACCAGGUCUGGGACCAAACCUGGUCGAGGUUGUUGGUACACCUCAGCAUCAGAGAUAGUUACCACUCAGCCCAUCUCUAUUUGUGGCAAUAAUCAUAGUUUCGUGUUUAUGAUA